UAGGAGGCGAUUUCCUUAGCAAGAUGGCGGCGAGCGGCGUCAGUCGGGCAGCCGCCGCGGCCGGCACCUCGGUGAAGCCCAUUUUCAGUCGGGACAUGAACGAGGCCAAGCGGAGGGUGCGCGAGCUCUACCGCGCCUGGUACCGGGAGGUGCCGAACACUGUGCAUUUGUUCCAGUUAGACAUCUCUGUGAAACAGGGACGGGAUAAAGUCCGAGAAAUGUUUAUGAAGAAUGCCCAUGUCAUGGACCCCAGGGUAGUUGAUCUUCUGGUCAUUAAGGGAAAGAUGGAACUGGAGGAAACGAUUAAAGUGUGGAAGCAGCGGACACAUAUUAUGCGGUUCUUCCAUGAAACAGAAGCACCAAGGCCAAAGGACUUCCUGUCCAAGUUUUAUGUUGGCCAUGACCCGUGAAGUCACUCAAUGGAAAGGUGCAUGUUGAUAUUUAAAUACUUUAGAGCACAAAUAAACAAUAUAUGAUGGUCAUAUA